UACAAAAGAGGCAAGCUCCUACCGCUGGGGUUCAUAGACCCAAACACAGUUCAUGAAGUUACGGUUCGAGACUUCGCCAAGGACACAGAGGACAACAUCGUAAUGUUUUUAGAGAAGCAAGCAGACAAAGAGGAUAUAUUCUUUCCCUACAACUUCAAUUUCCAUUUUAUUCUCCUAAUCAUUGAUCUUCACCUUGGAGUCGUAAACGUCAUGGACUCGAAACGUAAAGAAUAUGCGGAAUGGGCGGACAUGGCUGCCAUCCUCCAGAGGGCUUGGAAACGGUUCAUCAAUACUGUUCCGGGUGAAUGGAAACCGGAGCUUACAUUUAGAGAUUACCCUUGUAUGAGGCAGGAAAAAGGGAAUAACUUAUGUGGAUACUACGUCUGCACCUUCAUGCGUGACAUGUCCUGUCCCAAGGGUGGGGAUGCCCAAAUACACCACACUCGUAUGACACGCCUGCGGGACACUCUCAUAACAGCGGAUCAAAUAAAAGCAAUUCAAGAGGAAAUCGCGGGAUUCUUUAUUACCGAGGUCCUUACCCCAGGUGGAGAGCACUAUCGGAAGAUCGUGACGUCGGACGAUAUUCGUUCAGGAAAAGUUGUAUUGUAAAUAUGCAUGCAUUACGUGUACUGUGUUGACUAUGUCGUGUACUGUUGACGAUGUCUAUAUAUAUUCAUGACGAUUUUUUGUGGUUU